AGUUUCAACCUGCUUUGUCAUAAAUGUACAAACGUUUGAACUUAGAGCUCAGCCCCUCUCCGAGCGGGCAGAAGCGGCCAGGACAUUGGAGGUAUCCGUGCUCCAAAAAGGGGUCAUGGAAAGGAGUUUUCUUGACCAUGCCUAUAUGGUGCGGAGGGGUCGGGGGGAGCAGGAUUGGAAUCUUUUUCUCUGUGAGUCGAGGAGAAACGACUGGAAAGAGCGUUCCAGUGGCUGCAUGUGUCUCCCCCUUGAGUCCCGCUGCGCGCGGCGGCUUGCACGCUGUUUGCAAACAGAAGAACAUUCUGUGCAUAAGUGCAGAGAAGGCGUGCGCGCUGCCUCGGGACUCAGACCACCGGUCUCUUCCUUGGGGAAGCGGGGAUUUCUUGGAGGGAGUUACAUUCUCUGAAUUUAGAGGCGGCGGGUGGCGUGCCUGGGCUGAGUUCCCAGGAGGAGAUUGCGCCCGCUUUAGCUUCGGGGAUAAGCGCCUGGUGACUGUUCUUGACGUUGGGUGCGUGUUUGUUAAACUCUGUGCGGCCGACGGAGCUGUGCCAGUCUCCCAGCACAGUAGGCAGAGGGCGGGAAAGGCGGGUGGACCCACCGCGCCGAUCCUCUGAGGGGAUCGAGUGGUGGCAGCAGCUAGGAGUUGAUCCGCCCGCGCGCUUUGGGUUUGAGGGGGGGAAACCUUCCCGCCGUGCGAAGCGCGCCUCUUCCCCACGGCCGCGAGUGGGUCCUGCAGUUCGAGAGUUUGGGAUCGUGCAGAGGUCAGCGGAGUGGUUUGACCUCCCCUUUGACACCGCGCAGCUGCCAGCCCUGAGAUAUGCGCUCCGGGGACAGGAGCGGGUACGGGGCGGGGGGCGGGGGCGGUUAGGACCGCACCUGGGCUGCCCGGUCGCCGCCGCGAAGACGGGCAGGUGCAAGUGGGGAAACCGUUUGGCUCUCUCCGAGUCCAGUUGUGAUGUUUAACCGUCGGUGGUUUCCAGAAGCCUUUUGAAACCCUCUUGGUAGGGAGUUUUUGGUUUCCUGCAGCGGCGCGCAAUUCAAAGACGCUCGCGGCGGAGCCGCCCAGUCUCUCCCCAGCACCGUGUGGGACAGAGCCUGGCGCGUCGCCCAGUGGAGCCCCUGUAGCGCUGUUUGCGGGCGAUUGGCGUGGGUGUGGUGGGCAGCCGCGGUGGCCUGGGGCUGGACGACCCGGCCCCCCGCGUGCCCACAGCCUGGAGGCUUCCAGCUGCCCACCUCCGGCCGGGUUAACUGGAUCAGUGGCGGGGUAAUGGGAAGCCACCCGGGAGAGUGAGGAAAUGAAACUUGGGGCGAGGACCACGGAUGCAGACCCCGUUACCUUCUCCACCCAGGAAAAUGCCCCGCUCCCUAACGUCCCAAACGCGCCAAGUGAUAAACACGAGGAUGGCAAAAGAGACCCACGCCCCGGAGGAGCGCCCGCUUGGGGGAGGAGGUGCCGUUUGUUCAUUUUCUGACAGUCCCGCCCAAUAUACCCCAAGCACUGAAGGGCCUUCGUUUUAAGACUGCAUUCUCUUUACCCACUACAUGUUGCUUGAAGCCCAGAAUGGUUUGUGUUUAGGCAGGCGUGGGAAAAUUAAGUUUUUGCGCCUUAAGAGAAUGAGUCUUUGCAACGCCCCCGCCCUCCCCCCGUGCUCCUCCCUCCCUUCUUCCCUCCCUUGGCGAAAAACUUCUUACAAAAAGUUAAUCACAGCCCCUCCUCGCAGCACCCACCCCACCCCCCACGCCGCCUGGGAGUGGCCUCUUUGUGUGUAUUUUUUUUUUCCUCCUAAGGAAGGUUUUUUUCUUCCCUCUAGUGGGCGGGGCAGAGGAGUUAGCCAAGAUGUGACUUUGAAACCCUCAGCAUCUCAGCGCCCUUUUGUUCUAAACAAAGAAUUUUGUAAUUGGUUCUACCAAAGAAGGAUAUAAUGAAGUCACUAUGGGAAAAGAUGGGGAGGAGAGUUGUAGGAUUCUACAUUAAUUCUCUUGUGCCCUUAGCCCAGUACUUCAGAAUUUCCUGAAGAAAGCAAGCCUGAAUUGGUUUUUUACAUUGCUUUAA